AUGUUUGUAUACGAGCCAUUGAAUGAACCUACUGCGAUCAGGGUUGUGGUGAUUGAGCCUGGCAACUGGUCUGAUCCUAUGCGAUGCCAGCUCCGACAUAGAAUUUCUCGCGCUCCUUUCGCCUACAAAGCUCUUUCCUAUGUUUGGGGAGCAAGGUCUGUCACGCGUCGUAUCUCGGUCAAUGACCAGCGGUUCGACGUCACCAUUAAUCUGGCAUGGGCGCUACAAAACCUUAGGGAGGAAGAGGAGGAAUGCAUAAAUCAACAUGAUCAUAGAGAGCGAGGUCAUCAGGUGUCAAUGAUGCGCGAUAUCUACGCAGGCGCCGAAGAAGUUGUUCUGUUCCUGGGUGAUGGCACUGCGCAUCGCAUAGAGCGCUCUCUCUUCGACCGCCCUCCCCAACGCAAGAUCCAGUUCGGUAGUACCGAAGAAAGCAACAGCGCUAUCUUCAGCGAGUUCGCCCAAUCCUUCGAGAUUUUGCCUCGUCGAGCUGAGUCAAAGUCGUUCUGCGCCAUCAUGUUCAUAUACCUGUUAGCACAAUCACUCGAAUCCGAGAAGGCAAGUGGCAUCUUCAGCAAACUACGCGACGCAGGCGAUACAUGCUGUUGCAGCUAUUUCGAGAUCCUUCGGCAACUACUUAUGUCUCCCUGGUGGUACCGCAUCUGGGUUGUGCAAGAAGCCGCGGUGGCUGUUCGAAUUAGAGUUCUAUAUGGGAAUGUCUCCGCAACAUGGGACGUGUUUGAAAGAGCGAUGCUCAGUUGGCGAUCCUCAUCCACAGUAACACAGCUUCUGGGAUCUGAAUGGGAAGGUCUGAAAUUGCUACUUGUGGAAAAGGUCGAAGGUGUUCAGAUGUCACGAGCGCCUUUGACUCGAAGAUCAAGACCAACCUUGUUAUCUCUCCUACAUCGAUUUUCAAGUCGAAAGGCUAGUGACGAGCGGGAUAAGAUCUAUGCUCUCCUAGGUCUAGCAGGCGAUAAAGAGAUCAUCGACGCGGAUUACACUCGUGAUACACUGACGACAUACCGCGCUCUCUUUUUCAGCGUGGUCGACAAGUACGGCUCGUUGACUCCAUGGGUAGGCGACAUGAUGCGCAAGAACAGCGGCAACAUCCCAUCCUGGAUCCCUGACUGGAGUAGUGAGUUCGGAUUUGAAGCCGCAGAUCUUCGACGAUUCCCGUUGCAAGAUGUCUACAAGGCUUGUGGCCAAUGGAAACUCAAGGUUGUUGAAUCUGAAAAGGAGUUCUGGUAUUUUGUGGACGACCAAUUGAGCGAACUGAUUGAGAGCCUGUGGGAAAGCGAAGCUGGUUCGAACCCAUAUCGUCUCUCUCGCCAGUCGUUAGCGGAUCUAUUCCAGCUCAAAAUGUUUGCAUCGAGGUGCGCUCCUGAACCAUUUUGUCAAAGGAUACUAACCAAAUCUGGCAUCAUUGGACAGGCCACGAGCGGCGAGGAAGCCGUUACCGUGGGUAGUAUAGUACUACCAAACGUGGCCUGCCGGACCUCGGUUAUUAUACGAGAUGCGCGGUCACGAACAUCCCAACUUUUGAACUCUUUUCUCUCAGGUAACGGGUAUGUCUUGAAGCGGCCGGCAGGAGAUGGUGCAGAAAGGGAACAAAGAAACAUGAUUGCCGAAUCUCAGCAGCUCGCAACAGUGAGCUGGUGCGGCCAACGGCUCACCACAUGGUCGGAUACAGAGUCAGCAUUUGGAACCCUUCGAGAUUGGGUUUCUCACAUCAACGACGAUUCACUGGGAGUCUUGAUAGGAGGUCUCUGGCCCAAAGACUCUGAUACCUACGAACGAAUCACCCCGGCUCAAUACGGCAAGGCCUUGCACUGGUACACUUACUCCCUACUUCCAAAGGUGAACGGUGAUACAGUCCCACCGGCUGCAAACGACACAGAUGAGAAGACGCAAUGGUCCUUGCAUAAAGUAAUGCGCCUCGUGACCGAAGGUCGAAAACUGUUUCGAACUGGCUCGGGCGGGCUGGGGCUUGGGCCUGGAUCCAUGCAAGUCGGUGAUGAAGUACACGUCCUGCCCGGAGGUAAUGUUCACUAUUUGCUGCGGCGGCGAACAAACGAGUCUCCGUCCUGUCCAAUAUAUGGUCUCGUAGGUGACUGUUACUGGAACCAGAACCAUCAGCCAGUCCACACAGAGCCAACUACCAUGGCAGAGAGGCGCAGAAUCCGCGGCGGAAUUCCUCGAGUACUCUUGGAUGCGAUUGACAGGCGAUAUGGGCGUAAUCCCCGACCUCGCUAUGCCUCGGAAACCGCUGAAGAUCCAGAGCCCUUGGAAGAUCAGAGGAGCACCAUCAUGAUCCGAUAA